CUUGUGUGUGAUGCCAUAUUUCUUUUACAGGUGAAUGCAGUCUUCACAGUAAAUAAGAAUAAAACUAUUGAUAUCCCAACUUUAUAUUCCAACAAUAAACUAGUUACCAGUGAUUCUGUGGAUUGUACUUGUCAUUAGUUACCAAAUUGGAAGAUACUUGUUCUGGUUUUUUCAGCUCUGUGGGGUUAGGAGAUCCCCUGAGUGUCCCAGUUGAACCAGUACAUCCAUUAACCUGGCUGCGAGUGUCAGGGCGAGGCCUGGCAGCUCUUUGCAGGGGUUGUGCUCUGCAGGAGGAGUGAUGGGUGUGCAUGUGCUGUGUUCUCAAAGCCAAUACUGCAGCUCAGCCACCUGCAGAACAGGGAACUGACCUUCUGGGUUCUUACAACUGUCCAUAAGCUCUGAAGUACCUCAACAUGAACUCAGUAGAUCUAUAGUAGCAACAGCCAGUCUUCAGUGACUUCUUUUAACUUAGAAGUGAACAUGAUGUGAAGUAAACUUUUGCUAAGCCUCCUCAUUCCCUUAGUGCUUGUUUAACUCUGUAAGUCCCCCAUGAACAUCUGCAGCUUUGCCCUUCCAGUUAUUUACUCACCUGUGCUUUAAAUGAGAAAACUGUUCAGUAUCAGCCUGGUUGGUAGUUGCUGUAUGAUGUAACUACAGGUAUCUCAAUUACUAUGUAAUACUCUGUUUCCAGUAAUGCAAACGCUUGUAAUUACUUGAAUAAGUUUUAUUUAAACUAUGAAUACUUUUUUUACACUUAAGGAAUAUUUAAAUGGAAACCUGAUUGCAUUUUCUGCUAUAUCUUAGUGUAAGUCAAGGCCCGUGUACAAAAUCCAAAGCUGUCUUAUCCCUCCUGACUUGGUUGUUUUUCUACAUUCGGGAUGUAACUUCUUGUUACAAACUUCUGCAUUGUUGAAUAUUUUCUAUCCUUUUAUAGUCCCUUUCCUUUCCAUCUCAGUGCUACUCUUGGGUCUGAUUUGUAACCAAUGUAAUCUGCAUUAUAUACUGUCCUAAACUAGAGCCUGGGCAGACUCUUGAAAUAGCAGGAAACUUGUCUUUGAAGCACUACAGUACUUUCUUUUUGUGUCUGUUGAAAUAAUUGUGCCAGGAAAUGCAUCUUUUACAGCCACUCUGGAUAAGCAAUAUAUUGUACUGUAAAUAUAGCAGUUGCUGUCACAACCUGGAGUUCAAAUGUCUGGAUGGUAACUAGUGCCUGUCUAAUAUACCUUGGAAAAGAGCAUAGGCCUUCCUCCUAUGGUGCUGUUACAAAAAAAACUAUUACCUGUUUUGAUUCUGGGAAAUUGUGAAAUAUAGUGGACAAAAUGUUGCUGUGUUACAUUGAGAUCCAAACAGUGGGUUUUUGUUUCUCUGUAAAGGAUGUCCAUGAAACUCAAGGGGUUUGGUUUUCAAUGUAAUUGUAAAUAGGUAAAAUUGUCUGUGUGUUUGCGUCUGAAUUCCAUGUGGUGAUCCUAGGACUGAGAGGGAGGGAGAGGGGAUGCAAUCAGGUGCCACUAGUUUUUGCUGACUGAAACCCACUGUAAAUUAGUGAAUGGUGUGAAUUGCAGCCUGACUGAGCUGUUGGAAAUGAAUGAAAACUAUUUGGAUCGGCAUCAGCCUCACGUGAAUGACUGAAUAAAUGCAAUAAAAGGCUCAUAGUCAACACUAUUACUUUGUUCAUCACUUACUACAGGUUUUUUGUUACAAAUUUGAGUACAUUAAUUAUGUAAUUUGUAAAAUGAUGCUGUAGUGGAGACCUUGCUACAACACUAUUAAAAAUCUUUCCUUUCUGUGAGAUGAGGUUUGUAGAAUAGUGAGAUUCUUUCAUAUGUUGAAUCUUCCUGAUGGUGGGAAUUCUGGGGUCGUGUAUCUCACUGUGAGCUGGUACUUGGCUAUUUGCAUAACAUGGCGGUUCUGUAUAUUCUUUUGGUUAACUGUAAAUAUAAAUGUUUCAUAAUAGAUUAGUUGAAUUUUUGAGGUACAGCUGUUUGUGUGAGAUUAGCAAAAAGUUUAUUUCUAAGAACUUGUAAAAAAAAAAGUAUUUUCAAUAAAAUUCCCUACCUCACCUCUAUUGUGCAGAAA